AUGGCUAGAAGAAAGAGAUCCCAGGAUGCAAUUCAGCAGAGAACUGCUAUCAAGAGACAGCAGGAAGAUGCCUUGUUAGAGGGUGCAUCUUUCAAUGAGGUUGACGUUGAUGAUGUGCAUUACGAAGAAUCGACGAGAAAGAAGGCGCGUACCACGUGGGAUGAUGUGGAACAGGAUUAUGAAUUAGUUCCAAGAAAGCACAAAGAUGCAGAAGAAGGUAUGGUUGAAGGUUUGCCUAUUAAGAUCAACGGUAAAGUUGAAAGAAAUUUAGUCAAAAUUCAAAGAAAGAAACAGGAGGAACCUGCCGAAGUGUCCGAAUCUGAAGAUGAAGAAUCACCUGUUGUAAUCAGCGAUGAAGCAGGUGAAGUGAGUGAAGAAGAACCAGACAGUGAGGAAAAAAUUAUUGCUUUGAAAGAAGAGCUUGCAGAAAUGGUGGAAAAGAUCAUGGAAAAUCCAGAAGAAAAUACUCAAGCUCUGACCCGUCUAUGUAAGAUGGCUGAAUCGAAAAACUCUAACACUUGUAAAUUCUCUAUGUUAGCCCUCGUACCUAUUUUCAGUAGUAUCAUUCCUGGCUAUAGAAUUAGACCAUUAACUGAUACUGAGAAGAAGGAAAAAGUAUCCAAAGAUGUGGCAAGAUUGAGAAAUUUUGAACAGAAUUUAGUUCUUUGUUACAAAAGAUAUGUGGAUUUAUUGACAAGCUUAUCAAAAGUUCCUAAUAAUGAUGAUCCUAUUAAAGUAAACCUGGGUAUAUUAGCUAUGCAAGCCACAAAUCAAAUUAUAUCAAACGCAUCCCAUUUCAACUUCAGAAAUGAUGUGGUUAUGAUACUUAUACGUCGUAUAUGUAAACCAAAUCUUUCUGCUGAUCCAACAUCUACGCAGACUAUUCAAACUAUUCAAACAUUAUUCAAGGGUGACGAUGAAGGUAAUAUUUCAGCAGAAAUUGUUAGGGCGCUCUCGAAAGUAGUAAAAGUAAGAAAAUACGCUAUUGAUGAAGUUGUCGUAAAUACUUUGUUAUCUAUGGAAGUUUUGCACGAUUAUGAUCCAAAUACCAGAGGAGAAGAAGCAGAAACUAGAGUGAGAUUGAAGAAGAAGGAUAGAGUUCAUCUUUCCAAGAAACAGAGAAAGGCUAGAAAGGAGAUGCAAAAGAUUGACGAAGAAAUGCGUAAUGCAGAACUUGCUGUGUCUGUUGAAGAAAGAGAAAGGAAUCAAGCUGAAAUUUUGAAAUUGAUUCUAUCGCUGUAUUUAAAUAUUCUAAAAAGUGGGAAUACUAAGUUGAUUGGUGCUGUUCUCGAAGGUCUAGCUAAGUUUGGUAAUAUGGCAAAUUUCGAUUUACUUGGUGAUUUUCUUCAAGUUAUGAAAGAAAUUAUCAGUGAUGCUGAGUUCGACAAUCUGGAAGCUAGUGAAAUACGAAAAGUUCUACUUUGUAUUGUGAGUGCAUUUUCUUUGGUUUCAAAUCAUAAUCAAAUGAAAAUCUCCAUGGAUCUAUCUUCGUUUAUUGAGGCUUUAUAUGCGGUAUUGCCUUAUGUCGCUCUUGAUGCGGAUCUUGAGUUUUCAUACAAGUCUCUCAGAUUAGCAGAUCCAUUGGAAGAUCAAAUAUUCAACCCAGCUGUUAAUGUUUCUACAAAGGCAGAAUUACUCCUGAAAGCAUUAGACCACGUUUUCUUCAGGUCAAGAUCUGGUACCAAAGAAAGGGCAGAAGCUUUCACAAAAAGAAUAUACAUGUGUAUGGGACAUACUCCAGAAAAAACCUCCAUUGCACUAUUGAAAUUUAUGGAUAAAUUAAUCAGCAGGUAUCCAGAGAUAGGUGGUUUGUAUUCGACAGAGGACAGGAUAGGUAAUGGACAUUUCAAUAUGACGACAGAUUCUAUAGCUAUGGCCAAUGCAGGCGCAGCAACAUUGCUAGAAAAUGUCAUUUUAUCUAAGCAUUACUGUCCAGUUGUUGUUAAAGGUACUCGUUCCCUAAUGACAAAGUCGAAAGAACUUCCUAAAUAA